AUGGUACCACGAAUCUUUAUUAUCCUCUUAUUCUCAGCUAUUGCUUUGGUAGCAGUACAAUCGAAUUCCGUGGCUGCUCCGGAAAAUCAAGUGAACAAUCAAGGUACAGCCGGCGUUCAGAAUCGACGCACAACAGGAAGUAGUAGAAAGAUUUCACAAUUGCAAAAAAAUAAAAAACUUAAUCUUUCACAAAAACCUGCUCAAGCAACACUUUUGAAAUCGAAUGGAACUGGAGGUAACAAUGUCUCAGGAUUGGCUGUACCACACACUCAAACAGAUAAAUCGAACAACACUGCUCAAUCGAGCCGGCCACAAAUCCAAGGGCAGAAAGGUGUCGGUGGUUCACACUCAUCUAGUCAACAAAAUAACGGUACCGGCAACAUUACACAAGUCUCGGUAUCAGUUCGUCAAGGUGGAUCAUACGACAAUACUACGCGAUCAAGCCAACCACAAGUCCAAGGGCAAAAAGGUGCCAGCACUUCGCGCCCUGCUGUAUCUACCGGUCAGAAGAAUGGAACUCGCACUGGUACGCAAGUCUCAGUUUCAGGUAACCGAGGUGGUAAUAGUUCCACAUUGGUAACAGUUGUACGCCAAGCCGAUGCGUCCAAUAACACUAUUCGAUUGAAUCCAUCAUUGAGCAAAGAAAAUAACAAUGGCUUUUUCCUAUUACCAUUAUUUCAAAAUAGUAAGAACCGGAACCAACCAGUUACGUCGCCAUCGUCAACACCAAGCACCAGUUCACACAAUGCUACACGAGCAAACUCAUCAGCCAAAAAGAUUAAUCAACAAGGUCAUAAAGGUUCAGCCAGUAGCAACUCAUCAACAGCUCGUAAUUCGACUGCACGCUCAGUAAAGGCUUAA